UGGAUCAGUCAGCUUGCCGAUGCCAUCGCAGUUUCUUCUUUGUGCAAUCCCGAUUAAAAACGAUAAUCCAACAUAUUCCAGUGCGAACCGGAGCAAAUAAGGGCUGCCAUUGUGCUGGAUUACUGAGUCUGAUGGAAGUCAAUCAGAAUGUAGUGCAUGCGACUGUUGGUGGUGGACCACAUCCCAGCUACACGUCCGAGUACACAGGCUCAUUUGACAACUACCCGCCCACUGAGAUUUACAUGGAGUCCAGCGAGCGCACUCCACUGCUGCCCAGUUCCAGAUCAUCCACAUCUGAAACACCGUCCGCUGCUAGCUUGUCUCCAGCCAUAUACACAAAGGAAUGCAUCAAUUGGCGCACAAUUGGGCUGCUGCUGAUGUUCAUCAGCGGCCUGGUGCUGGCCACUUAUUUGCUCUGGCAACAAACAUCUGCCCUACCGUAUAAAGGCUACAAAUUGAACCUGAUCAGACAUGAUAUAUGGAGUGGGGCGUAUUUACAUGAUCUCGCGCAGCUGGAGGCUGACAAAGUUGUUAAUGUUUUCAUUACACACACGGGGAGCGAGGAGUGCAGCGAGAACUGUGCGAGUCUGCUGCACAGCUUGCAGCGCAAACAUUUCGGUGAGCUGCCAUUCAAUUUUCUCAUGGCUGGCGACUGUGAGACGUACGAGGCGAGGGGCUGGCGGUAUGUGAGCAGCUUUGCAGAGCUGCCGCAGUCGAGCUCCUUGGUGCUGGCCUUUGUUGGGGAGUUCAGUCAGUGGCUGCCAAGCGUAUGCCAGCUGCAGAUGGCCCAGGCGCUGCUCUGGGAAUCGCAGCGGCGUCUGAAGCUGCAGCCCGGCUAUCGGCUCUAUGCGGUGCGCAAUGUGAGUCGCAGCGUAUGGGAUGCGGAUGCACUGCAUCGGCAGCUGAAGCGCUGGCCGUUCUAUGCCGGCCAACUGGAAGUGAAGUAAAUGAAGCUGGCC